AAAACGAAACUCAAUAUGUUCCUCUGAAUGACUUGAGACCGGGUCAGGCACCAUUUGAUGUCUGUAACUCAUCGCUUUCCGAGUUUGGAACUUUGGGAUUUGAACUUGGUUACUCACUGGUCAAUCCUAAUUCUCUUAUCUUAUGGGAAGCACAAUUUGGAGACUUUGCCAAUAAUGCUCAAUGUAUAAUUGAUCAAUUUAUUGCUACUGGUGAAAAGAAGUGGCAUCAACGAACAGGAUUGGUAACGUUACUUCCACAUGGUUAUGAUGGACAAGGUCCCGAACAUUCUAGUGGUCGAAUUGAACGUUUCCUUCAACUUUGUGAUGAUCAUCCUUUUAUUUAUCCUUCGCCAGAAAAAAUGGCACGUCAGCAUCAAGAAUGUAAUAUGCAAGUUGUAUAUUGUUCUACACCUGCAAACUAUUUCCACGUUUUGAGGAGGCAAAUUUAUCGCGACUUUAGAAAACCACUUGUUGUUUUUACAUCGAAGAGCCUUCUUCGACAUCCAAUGUCUCGGUCUAGCCUUAUUGAGAUGACUGGCAAUACAAUAUUCCAACGAUACAUACCGGAACCUCACCCAGAUCAACUUGCCUCUCCAGAAAAAAUAACGCGACAUAUUUUAUGCUCUGGACAAGUUUAUUAUACCCUUUUGAAGGCUCGUGAUUUAAAUAAGAUAGAUAACGUUGCUAUUUCUAGACUUGAACAAUUAAGUCCAUUUCCACAUGACUUGUUAUCAAAACAUAUCGAUAAAUACCCAAAUGCUAAAUUAAUAUGGGCUCAGGAAGAACCUUUGAAUCAAGGUGCAUGGACAUAUGUAGCACCCAGGAUAGGAACACUUAUGAAUCAUUCUGAACAUUAUGGAGGUAAAACUGCUGAGUUUGCAACCCGUCCACCAUUAGCGUCUCCUGCAACUGGUAACAAGAAACAACAUAUUCAAGAAGAACACGAUUUAUUAUCACAGGCUCUUAUCGGUCAGACAUUAAAACCACGAGAAGUUGUUAAUGGGAUACCUUUAUGGAUAUAA